UUAAGAGCAUCUCUCGCAGCAUCCUCCUCCUCUGUCACGGACGCGCACACAGCGGCUCAAUAUCAGAGAAUACAGCUUAGCUUUCUGCAAACACGUAGGCCUAAUUCUGUAGAUACAUCAUAACAUCUCAUUAUUACAUUUAUCGACGUUAUUUCUCCACUGGACAUUGAUGAAUUUGCUCCUACGGUCGCCGUAGCGGUCCCUCCGAUCGUUAUUAUUUUUAGUUCCUUCCUUCCCGCAUCCAAAGACUGAUCUACGCUACAAGAUGGCUGAGUUGAAUUUGGGGAAGGGGCUGACUGCAGGGAAAGUGGCCAGCAACGUCCAGAAAAAACUAACCAGAGCCCAAGAGAAGGUUCUCCAAAAGCUUGGCAAAGCUGAUGAGACCAAAGAUGUUGCCUUUGAGGAAGGAGUCAUCAACUUCACCAAACAAUAUGCUGAAGGCAGCAAACUGCAGAGGGACCUUAGAGCGUACCUGGAGGCAGUGAAAGCCAUGCAUGAGUCCUCCAAUAACCUGCAGUCAUGUCUGGCCGACAUGUAUGAGCCAGAGUGGUACGGCAAGAACGAAGUGGAUUCCAUUGUGGAGGACUGUGAUGUGCUUUGGACCGAUUACCACCAGAAGUUGGUCGAUCAUGCUCUCAUCUCCAUGGAUACUUACCUGGGCCAGUUCCCCGAUAUCAAGGCUCGUAUAGCGAAGAGGGACAGGAAAUUGGUCGAUUACGACAGUGCCAGGCACAACUACGCUACUACACACAAGACAAAGAAAAAGGAUGGGGGGAUUAAAAUUACCAAGCCUUCCUCUUUGCUGGAGAGGGCCACUCCAGGCUGGGCUCAGGGUAUCCUGUCUGCACACAACGUUGCCCAGAGCAGUCUGUCCAGGAGCCAGGCUGAGGAGGAGUUGGAGAGAGCCCAGAAGGUGUUUGAGGAGAUUAAUAUUGACUUGCAAGAGGAGUUGCCUUCACUCUGGAACAGUCGCGUUGGGUUUUAUGUCAGCACCUUCCAGAGUUUGGCUGGUUUCGAGGAGAAGUUUCACAAGGAAAUGAGCCGGUUGGAUCAGGAUUUGCACGACGUCUUGGAGACUUUGGAGGGAUCAGACGCAACCAGAAAGACAGGUAACCACGGCGCCUCAUCGUCAGGAGCAAAUAGGAGUGGACCAUCUAAAGAACCAUCUAACCACACUCUCAGGCCAGGAGGACCACCCCCAAUCCCCAAAUCUCCAUCCAAGCUAAAGCCAGCAGUGCCUCCUCCACCCAAGGUGACCCCAUCAAAGGAGAUGAAGACAGAGAACAUCAUCAACCUGUUUGAUGCUGCAGCUACUCCUGAUAUCAGUGUGACUUCCCCUACAGAGUUUGACAGUCCUGCAGUGAGCAGCCUGUUGGACAUGGACCUGGACUCUUUCAGUGCAACCACCAAAGCCCCCACGGUCACUCAGCCUGCAAACUGGGACUCGUGGCCUGAGGAAAGUGGUGCCCAGGAAGAGGACACCCAGGAGCACUAUGACCCUGUAGCUGCUGCUACAGAUGCCUGGGGGGAUGAUGGUACGCAGCCAGUCCGCUAUGACCCCAUAGCAGCUGCCAAAGAGGGUUGGGGGGAUGAUGGAAGCCAACCAGUUUCCUAUGACCCUGUGGCUGCGGCUCAGGAGGGAUGGGGGGAUGAUGGGAGCCAGCCAGUUCAUUACGACCCCGUGGCUGAAGCCCAGGAGGGCUGGGGUGAUGACGAGAGCCAGCCGGUCACAGAGGUGCCUGCCACACCUACAGCUGAGGCUCCGGCGGACACCGUUGAGGAAGAAGCCACCCCAGCUGCCACCACGUUGGAUAAUGAAGAGGGUCAGGAUGAGUCUGCAGCAGCUGCUGCUGUGGCAGAACCAGAAGAACCAGCGACGGAAGAGACACCUGAACCACCUGCACCAGCUGCACCAGUUGUACCAGCUGCACCACCUGCAUCACCUGCACCAGCUGCACCAGCUGGACCUGCAGAAUCAACAGAAGCAGCACCAGAACCUGCAGAGAUGCCCCCUGGCUUCAUGUUCAAGGUCCAGGUGAUGCAUGAUUACGCUGCGAACGACACAGACGAACUGGAGAUGAAGGCUGGAGAUGUGGUGCUAGUAAUCCCCUUUGACAACCCUGAAGAACAGGAUGAUGGCUGGCUGAUGGGAAUGAAAGAGGGCGACUGGCAGCAGAAUAAAGAAAACGCCACUAAAGGAGUAUUCCCUGAAAACUUCACUCAGAGGCUGUGAGUGAGGAGGACAAGACGUCAUUCCAGCUUCUUUCUUUAUGUCUCUCUUCCUCUUGCCUCUCUCCUUCAUGCCCUCUCUUGCCCUGAUACUGUAUCUUUACUAGGACUUUGGCCAUAGAAGCAGAGCUGUCACAGCCCUGGCUGAAACCAUGCAUUUCUAAGGUCUGCUACACUGUGCUAAAAGUGGAUCUUGGCAUUUCUGUGGAUUUCUGCCAACAUUUACAAAUUACAGAUGUAUGUAGCCAUUUCACAGGUGCCAGUUUGUCUUGCUGCUAUGUUGCUACUCCAUACCAGAGGAAUUGAUUAGAGAAUCCUGAUCAUACAGGGUUGAUGCAGGGAUGGGCUACCUCCGCAAUGGCUACCACUGUAAUUUCAUUAUGACAUUUUAUUUUUAGUCAUGUCUCAUCAUAUUCCAUCACCAUAACAGAGAAAAUGUCUCUUGAGACGUGCUUUUGUUCAUCUAAUAUUGAGAGAUUGAGAACUAUGUGAAAUUAUUAAGACAAUGCCAAGUGUAGCAGAGUAUCCCUUAUACACACACAUACGCACACACAUAUAAAUAUAUAUAUAUAUAUAUAUAUAAUAUAUAUAUAUAUAUAUAAAACCUGUUUCAUAAAGGUUGAGGGGGUAUAAUUACUAAAGCCAGGCUGAAAGGACACUGACACUGACUGAGUAGAGUCUUCACUAUGUUUAGAAAUCCCCAGCUGGCAACUUCACCUCAGUCAAUUUGUGAAAAGACCUUUGAGCACACAAGGUGCCAAAGUCUCAUCAGCUUAACUGCACAUAUUUAAUUAAUCCUGAGGUUUUCAGACUGGUGAUCAUACUCCUGACAUAAUGCCAAUCCUUUAUUCCUACUUUAAUUAUUGACUUGUGAAACAUGGGCCCUUGGUUGUUGUAUUAGUUUAGAGUCUAUGGUGGUAUAGGUAGAGUGACGCUGUUGUUAAAAUCCUAAUAAAUGCAUAUGCAGUUAACUGGUCAUCAAACACCAGCCUAGUUAAAGUGACAGCAGGAAUUCAGUAUGAAAAUGAAUUCAAACAGAAUGACCGGUAUCAGAGCCCCAUAGAGAAGAGAAACAAGACUGCUAAAAUCAUCUUUGACAGGUGUGUUUUUUGACAUUCGUCUUUUCACAAGUGAUUCCAAAUAUGCAUUAGUCAGGCUUGCUAUAAAGCUAGCCAACAAACUACACCAAUGAGAAGCUGCUACUGGUUGUAUAGUAGUUAGGCAGAUACAGUUACAGUAACACCCUAAUGCUAAUCAAUAUAUAAUAACUGAGCCAGCCUCAUUCGUUUAAGAAAAAAAAAAAUGUGCCGAUAAACAAUUCCUUCUGUUUGCAUAGAGACGACUUAACUCAAAUGCAGAUGACUCAGAAUAUGCACCAGAGCAACUUCUUUUAUUUUUGUAUGCUGCCAAGCAAUGAUUACAUAUAGCCUAAUGUAACUAUGUCAACAUAAUUGCCAACAAGAGGAUGUUAUGGAGUGUUUUGUACUUCUGUCAGGUUUACUGCUCUCAACAUAGUCGCAUUCUGUAGGUAGUUAAAGCUAUCUCACAUUCAGUCACUGACUCAAAAGAGAUUCACGUUUCUCAUGAUGUUAUUAACAUGUAAUAAGUGUGAGAGAAAACGUAUGUGUGUGCGAUUGUUUGUGUGCGUGUGUGUUUAUGGGUUGUUUGGAAACAUAAAUUCUUUAUCUAUAGGCUAUUGUUAUUGGACGAUAUCACCACCACCUACCAGGAGAUGAGGCCGUCCGUUUAACAGGAAGCUUUUUCUGACGGGACAAAGACAACUCAAGCGUAUUUGGGUCUUUUUCCACUGGCUGGUAUUAUGGUUCCAGGUGUUAUUGUGCAUUUGUUGUGUAUAAGUGUAAUUUUGCCAAGCUGUGAUGACAGAUACAUAUUCUAUAAAGACAUUCAUAUCUGUAUGUGAGUUACUGUGAGCAUGCUGACUUCCCAUGUGUUGUUGUGUGAACACCCCUAAUUUAAGACGAUGAUACUUGGGUCACUUAUGAGGCAGUUGAAACAGGCAAUUUUUAUUUUUUAUUAUUUAUUUUCUUAAUCUUAGUAAGGGGGGGUGGCGGGCAGUUACAUGCUGUAUGUUUUUUCCACCAUUCCCCCUCAAAUUAGUCCUGAUUUAAAAUUGCUGGUUGUCCAUCAGCGUUGCCUCAAAAUGUUGCCAGGGUAUCGUAGUCCAAAGAGAGUUAAACAUGAUUACAUGGAGACAGGACACAUAGAGAUACAUUUCAAACCACCAGACUCAGGUGGACCUAUUUUCCAAUGGCUUUCCAUGUUUUAACUUCUUGAGAUGUGCAUGAUUUCUUCAUGUGUUUUUAAAAAAAAAAAACAGCCUCACAUGUGAGAACAUCACCUGCGCAUUCAGGUAAACCAAUCACAGUUUGUUUUCAAAUUCCAUGUGUAACUCGGUGAGUGUUUUACCUGGGUCUGGUUCUCUAUCUGUCUUUACGGAUCAGUACAGUCUCCUGCGAUGAGCUAUGGGAUACAACAAAAAGGUUUUUCCUGUACCUAACUGACCGAUAAUAAUAAAGAUGACUUAGAAUCUC